ACUAUUAUCCUCUACCAACCAUCUCUCCACAAACUUCUAUUUAUCUCUAUCUAUCUAUCCAUUUAUCCAUCAAACUUUAUCUCAACACAAGUUAUACUUCCCAUUUUCAAUGGCUUGCAGUGCUACUUGUACUGCUCUGCUUUCUUCAAACCCUACUAGUGCUUCUUCAGUCAAAUUGCCUUCAUUUUCUCAGUCAACUAUUCUUCCUUGUUCAUCUUUCAAUGGACUCCGUAACUGUAACCCUUUAGUUACACGUGUCACACGUUCCAUUUCUUCUUCUCGCUCCAAUAAAUCCCGCUCCUUUGUCGUUCGAGCCUCUAGUGAACUACCACUAGUUGGGAAUAAAGCACCAGAUUUUGAGGCUGAGGCUGUUUUCGAUCAAGAAUUCAUCAAGGUUAAACUUUCUGAGUACAUUGGGAAGAAGUACGUGAUUCUCUUUUUCUACCCACUCGACUUCACUUUUGUUUGCCCAACAGAGAUCACUGCUUUCAGUGAUCGUUAUGAAGAAUUUCAGAAGGUGAACACAGAAAUAUUGGGUGUCUCCGUAGACAGUGUGUUCUCCCACCUUGCCUGGGUCCAAACUGAUAGGAAGUCUGGUGGACUCGGUGAUCUGAACUAUCCAUUAAUUUCAGAUGUGACAAAGUCGAUUUCAAAAUCUUACAAUGUCCUGAUACCGGAUCAGGGUAUUGCAUUGAGAGGACUUUUUAUCAUUGACAAGGAAGGAGUUAUUCAACACUCCACCAUUAAUAAUCUUGGAAUUGGUCGGAGUGUCGAUGAAACAUUGAGAACACUUCAGGCAUUGCAAUAUGUCCAGGAGAACCCAGAUGAAGUAUGCCCAGCUGGGUGGAAGCCUGGUGACAAGUCAAUGAAGCCAGAUCCUAAGGGAAGCAAAGAAUACUUUGCAUCCAUAUAAGGGCCGCAAUAUCUAUGUUCAUUUGUUGUUAAGUGAGGUUGUAGAGCUUCUGUAACACUUUUUUACUUGACCUGCUGGUUUGAGUUCUGAGCAUUUUUCCGAAUAAUAUAUGCCCUUUUAUAUGCCCGAGGCUUCAACAUUAUCUGAACUUAGAUA